CGCUCGUGUGUUCGUUCAGUUCGAUUUCAACUGUUGACGUGUUUGCAAGCGUGUUAUCGGCGUGCGUCCGCUCGCUCCGUUCGUACUUCGCCAUCGACUCUCGUCGCGCCGCGACAACAACAAACCAAGCUCGAGAAACGCGUCGGCAAAAGAAAACCCAGUGUUAACCAACAAAUAGCAAGAGCAAAGAUCAAAAAACCUAGCAGAAACAAGCAGUGUGCCCAAACAGUGUGCUACGAAUAGUGAAAGAAAUUGUGUAUGAAAAAUGCCUAGCUAUUAGAGGAGCGGAAGAGCGCUAGGAACCCCGAGUUGCAGAGAAGACCCGCUGAGAUACACAGAGCGAUCCGAUAGACCCGCUUCCUGCCCCCCGGUAGAACAGAAAAGCAUUCAAAAUUAUACUCGAAAUGGAUAUGACCUCAACAGCGGAGGCUGCCGCUCGCAGCUGGUACGACAGUCCGCGCUUAGGGGGCGGCUCCUCGGGCGGCGGCAACGGGGGCGGGGUCUCGCCCCAGACGAACGGCCUUGGCAGCGCCGGCAGCAGCCUGGCCCACAGCCACCACAGCCUCUCCAGCGGCGCCAGCUCGGCGGGCAGCAGCGUGGGCGUCGGGGCGGCCCUGGGCGGCGGCGGCGGAUCCGGCCUGGACACUAGCGACAUGAGCGCCUUCUACGCGCUGGAGAGCAACGGACACCACCGGCGCUACUACCCGAGCUACCACCAGCACACAUCCCGCAUGCCCUCCACCCAUGCCUCGCCCCAAGUGUGCCGGCCCCACUUCCACACCCCGCUGAGUCCCUGGCUGACCAGCGAGCACAAGUCCUUCGCCCCCGCCAGCGCCUGGAGCAUGGGCCAGUUCGCCUGCCCCCAGGAGCCGCAGGUGGAGCACAAGCUGGGCCAGAUGGGCCAGAGCCACCAGACGACGGCCGCCGGACAGCACUCGUUCCCCUUCCCGCCGACGCCGCCAAAGGACUCCACGCCCGACUCCGUGCAAACCGGUCCAUCCGAGUACCAGGCCGUGAUGAACGCGUUUAUGCACCAGCAGGCCACGGGCUCUACCUCACUGACGGACGCCAGCUGUGCGCUGGACAUCAAGCCGUCGAUCCAGAACGGCAGUGCGAGCGGAUCCUCCGGCAGCGGCACCACCCACACGUCGACGCCCAAGCAGCGCGAAGGUACCACCAGCACCACUAAUUCCAGCUCCAACUCCACCAGCAGCAGUCAGCAGCAGCAACAGCAGCAGCAGCAACAACAGCAGCAGCAGCAGAGCAACAGCAACAGCAACACCACCGCCAGCAGCAACACAUCCGCCUCGUCAUCCGCCGCAGCAGCCUCCCUGUCCGCCGCCGCAGCCGCCGCCUCCGCAGCUACAUCCUCGAACGGACUGUUCGACGGCACGGCGCAGGCGUACAGCAGCGGCGGCGGGAGUGGCGGGGGCGGUGGAGGAGGCGGCGGUGGCUCCGGUGGCUACGACACCAGCAGCUAUGCCUCCUACCACCAUGCGGCGGCGCACCACCAGGCAGCGGCGGUGGCGGCGGCGAAUAUGUUCCAAAGUUCCUCGGUGGCCGCGGCUGCAGUGCGUCACAGCAUGGCCGCUGCGCAGGUGCACCACCACCACCAUCACCACCACAGUGGCCACCACCAUGGCGGCUCGUCCUCCUCGGGCAUGCACGGCCUGGGCGGCUCGGUGGGCGUGGGCGGCACCGCCGGCAUGGGCAGCAUGAGCGGCAACAGCGGCGGAGCGGGAUCGCUGAGCGGUCACAGUGGCGCCGGCAGCAACGCGGGCAGCAGCGGUCUGGAUGUGAAGCCCGUGCGGACCAAGCCGCGGACAAGUGCCGAGGGACGCGAGUGUGUGAACUGUGGCGCCACAUCGACGCCACUGUGGCGACGCGACGGAACGGGACACUAUCUGUGCAACGCCUGUGGCCUGUACUACAAAAUGAACGGCCAGAACCGACCCCUGAUCAAGCCAAAGCGAAGACUGACCCUGCAAUCGCUGCAGAGUGCGGCCAAGAGGGCGGGCACAUCCUGCGCCAACUGCAAGACCACAACCACAACCCUUUGGCGACGCAAUGCCAGCGGCGAGCCCGUGUGCAACGCUUGCGGAUUGUACUACAAGCUGCACAAUGUCAACCGUCCUCUGACAAUGAAAAAGGAGGGCAUUCAGACGCGUAAUCGCAAGCUGAGCUCCAAGUCCAAGAAGAAGAAGGGUCUCGGCGGCGGCUGUCUGCCCAUGGGAGGACACCUGGGCAUGGGCGACUUCAAGCCGCUGGAUCCCUCGAAAGGAUUCGGCGGCGGCUUCUCGGCCUCCAUGGCACAACAUGGACACCUCUCGGGCGGACUGCAUCCGGCACAUGCGCACAUGCACGGCAGCUGGUACACCGGCGGCAUGGGCGCCCUGGGAGCCUCGAGCGGACUGCAGGGCGGCUUUUCCACCGCCGGCUCUCUCGGCGGGGCGGUGGUGCCCCACUCGCAGCCCUACCACUUGGGACUCAGUUCGAUGGGCACCUGGCGCACUGACUACACGUGAUGGAGCGGGAACAACUUGAACAACAAUCUGUUCAGUUAGAGCCGCGACUUCUUACCCACGCCCGCUGGAUCGACUCCAUCGGGCAGUAAAUAAAUCGAGACAAACAAAAUAAAACCAAUAAAAACGAUGAAACCAGACAAAACACAAUGCCAAACUGAGGACUCCUUGGCCAGCAAUUGACAGUGGCACCGAGCCCUUGACACCCCAGCAGAGUAUAAUACAAUAUGGUGUUGUGUGGGGUGGGGGUGGGGGUGGUGUGCCCGCUGGACGAGCGCUGGCUAUUCCUAAUUGUAAACAUUGCGUGCAAUUUUUAAUUAUUUAAGCUUUGUCGCUGCUGUUUUUGCUGCCUUGCGGGCCGAGAGCCAAAAGACGAGUGCCGGCAGCAAUAACAAAAGCCCCAUUAAAAUUAAUUAAAGGGCUGCACAUUACUUUUAUUUUAUUUUUCCUUUAUGGCUUUUCUGUGAGUGUUUGUAUAGUUUUUCCUUAUGUUUCAUAUUUCGCUUAAUUAAUUUAAUUUCUCGCCGCAAAUUCAGCGUAUUUAAUUGUGCUUUAUGAACUGCCAUAAAAACCGAACGAGGAAGUGUGAGGGGGGAAAUUUCAUAAAUAUUUAUUGUGUACAUAUAACAAAAGAGGAAAAAGCGAGUAUCAAGCACACAGAGAACUAAAAUUAUUAUAUACACUAAACAAAAACAGUUAAAAUGCACGUCCAAAAGUAAAAAUUUUUGUAUAAAUGAGAAACAAAAAUCCUAGGUUUAAGUGAGGUUGCUUGAGAUGUUUGUCCUAAUUCGCAAAGCGCAAUUGAAAAUUGCACACGUACUUUAGAGCGUAUGCCUACUGUAAACUAGUUAAAUUCUUAGACUCUAAACAAAACAGACGUGAUAAACAAAAGUAAAAUCUAUAUAUAAAUAUUAACAUAAAAGAUUUCACUAAGGCGCGCCAUUAGCGAUUGUAAAAUAAAUUUAACACGUUGGGGAGAAGAAAAAUGUUUUUGAUUGAGAGCAAAGGCCGCCGUCAACUUUUAAACUAAAAACACACACUUAAAUGUUCAAUGUUAAUGCCUAAGUCUUAAAAAUAUACACAUAAACAUUAAAACGUACAUAGACUUAAACGUAAUGUAAUAAAUUUAAUUAAAUUAAAUGUUAAAGGCAAUUUGUAAAAUACAUUUGUUAGCAAUUUUUGUAUAAUUAUAGAAAAACAAAAGAAGAAAAACCACAAAAAAAGCAAAACCAACUAAACAUAAAGCCGUAAUCCCCUAAGUUGUGUGUAUAAAGCCAGUUUAGUCCUAACCUAAUUUAUGUCUGAGGUAUAAACAGAAUACGAUAUGUAUAACUAUAUAUAUAAAUAUGAUGUAUUAUGUGCUAAGUGUAAACGAUAAAUGUAUUGUAAUUUGGCCAUAUUGAUAGUUGAAUAUAUAUAAAUCGAAGCAAAAGUAAUGUUUAUUUAAAAUCGAAACAAAAAAUGGAAAAUUGUAUUAAAUUUAAUGGCAAUCACCAGAAAAAUCCAUAAAAAAAUCACAAAAAUAAAUAAAAAUAAUUUAUGAAGAAAAAAAUAUACAUAAAAUACAGAAAAAAAAAACACAAAAACGAUUCUAAUUGAGGAACGGUAACUGAAGGCUCCGCCGCCGAUGAUUAAUUGCUCUCAGAUGAGUGGACAGAAAAUCGAAAUUGGUUUGGUAAUAAAUCCAAUAAGCAGCCAUCGGAGCCCGGCCCGCAAUGAUGUCUCUAUAAUGGCCAUUUACGCUUAUGAAUUGCUCUUUAAAUUUCGAUGCGUCUCUGCUACACAAGAAACGUGCUUUGGUUCCCUCAGUUCUGUGGUUAUUUUUCGGAUAUUCUAGCUCAAUGUUGGUCAUUUGUUAUGCAGCAUUCGUUGCUGGCCAUUGAACGCAUGAAUUAUGAGUUGUUUGGAGGCGUGAAAUGGCAUGUUCGUAGCGCGGUUGUUGGUGUUUCGGUGAAGUGCCGCAAGAACCCAGUUCGUUGCCUAAGUCUUUUGUUUUACAGCGAUGACCGGGCCAGAAUGA